AGCGGCCACACACUUAGACAGCUUUCUCUUCCAUCACUCAUCAACAAGGAGUAUUAGUUUUCAUUCACAGUAUUCAAGAAUGUCGACUCAAGUAUUUAUUUUGUCAGGCUGUAGGACCGCAAUUGGGAGUUUCCAGGGCCAGUUUGAUAAAAUCCCCGCGAGCGAGUUGGGUUCAGUUGUAAUAACAGAGGCCUUAAAACGUGCGACAAUAAGCCCCCAAGAUGUGGACCAAGUGAUAAUGGGUCAAAUUUUGACUGCAGGUCAAGGUCAGAACCCAGCACGCCAGGCUUCGGUCGGGGCCCAAGUACCGUACGCUGUUCCCGCAUACACUAUUAAUAUGCUAUGCGGCUCAGGCUUGAAAUCCGUGUGCCUUGCGUAUCAGGCGAUUCGUAAUCAGGACAAUGAGAUUGUGGUGGCCGGGGGCCAGGAGAACAUGUCACGGGCCCAACACUGCGCGUACAUUCGCGGGAAUAAACUGGGGGCUGUCCAAAUGAAUGACACCCUGCUGUAUGACGGUCUCACCGACGCCUUUAACAGUAUUCAUAUGGGAAAAACCGCUGAACAUUUAGCGAAAGAGUAUAAAAUUACGCGCGAGGCGCAAGAUAACUUCGCCCUGACGUCACAAACAAAGACGCAGGAGGCGAUCCAACAAGGAUAUUUUAAAAAGGAAAUCAUCGGAGUUGUGGAGAAGAGAACUGGGAAAGUUUUAGAUAAAGACGAAUUCCCCAAAGCUGGGACGACUCUCGACGGUUUGGCGAAGCUAAGGCCAGCCUUUGACCCCAAUGGGACCGUAACUGCCGGAAACGCAUCCGGGAUUAAUGAUGGGGCGGCUGCCCUUGUUUUAUGUAGCGAAAAUCAGGUGAAAUUGAAGGGUUUAAAGCCUCUGGCUAGAAUUGUGGCUUGUGCCGAGGUCGGGAUUGACCCCCUGUGCAUGGGGCUUGGGCCCAUUGAGGCUGUGAACAAAGUCCUGCUUAAGACGGGUUGGUCAAGACACGACGUCGAUUUGUACGAACUGAACGAAGCUUUUGCCGUUCAGAGCAUCAUUGUGGGCGAAGCGCUCCAAGUCAAUGCGAAAAAAGUCAACAUAACGGGAGGUGCUAUCGCUUUAGGGCACCCGAUCGGGGCUUCGGGGGCCCGCAUCCUCGUCACUCUCAUCCAUAAUUUGGAACGUUUGAAUAUGAAAAAAGGAGUGGCAGCUUUGUGUAUUGGAGGAGGCAUGGGUAUAGCCAUCGCGAUUGAAAUGUGUUAAUUGUUUUUAUUGGUUUUGAAUAAAGGAAUUUGCAAAAUAAA